CACGCCUUUUUCUCGGCUCCGUUGUUGGGUCGGUGGGCAGCGGGCUGCUGGUGAUUGACCAGCUUCUCUCCCUGAUCUGUCAGCCGGCUGGCUUGGCGCCUCCCCUCUCCUCUAUAAAUGUAGGAAAUCUAUUCAUUCCUUUCACACCGAGCCUGCUGAAGUAAGAGGAACUGUGAGGCUCCGCGGGAUGUGUUGACAGACUAGAAUUCUGCAUUUCGGUUUAUAUUCCCUCGCUAAUUUUUUGGCGAUAUUACAGCAGUUGUUGCCGUGUUUACAGCGCCGUGGUAUAAUCUCAAAUACCUCCUGCUACCAGUAACGUCGUUAUUUGAUUUUCUUUUCCGUUGCCUCUGCCUCUGAGCCGUUGGUUAUCUAAGAUGAAGGCUGUUACUCCGGUCCACCCCCAGGACUCCUCCUCCAGCAGUAGCCAGCUCUCCGUGCACUAUCUGUCGAAGCAGAGCCUCAACAUCGCCCGGUGCAGGAUGGAAGAGGAGGACAUGUUCUGCCUGCAGUACGACAUGAACGACUGCUACAGCCGACUGAAGCGCCUGGUGCCCACCAUUCCACAGGAUAAGAAAGUCAGCAAAGUGGAGAUCCUCCAGCAUGUCAUAGACUACAUCCUGGACCUGCAGCUGGCCCUGGAGACGCACCCUUCUCUCCAUAAACAACAGCCACAGCGGACCGGGACCUGCCCUCCCCCAGCCUCCAACCCCAGCCGGACACCGCUGACGGUGCUCAACAUUGACCACCACCAGAGGACGUCAAUAGUCAAAAAGCCGGAGGACUCUAUUUUAUGCCGCUGAGAUACAAGCACUGCAUUGGUGUGUAGGCUGCACAGAGCCGCUCCAAAGCCAGCAAAAGCUUCGCCAGGGACUCACACCCAACUGGAGGCACAAUCACAACGGGAUUUCAAAACCGCUGCGAGGAAUUCAACCCAAAUAAAAUCACUAUUCAUAUCAGCUUUUCUUUUUGUUUUGUUCCAUUGAACGAGGAGUCAGUAUGUAGAUAUCUCUCCCCCCCCCGUUUAAGUUGCUCUAACUUUACUUCUUGUCACUUGAAUGUUUUCUAAUUAGAGUGAAAAUAUGGAAUCCCCACGCUGAGGAGUUUUUGUUGGAAAACCUGUCUGUCAACAGCUAUGAAAACUGCUUGUGAAUUGUGCUUAAAGAUUAACUAAAAACGACUCCAGUUUAAAGCUUUACUAAACUGCGAAAAAUCAUUGUACAUUUUUUUUGGACAUCUAUUGUUUAAAAUAGAUGAUUUGUGUUCAACAGGGAUGUGAUCCCUGGAAUUAUAAAAUGUUUGAUAUUGUAAAGAAGAACAAUUCCGAUUCGAGACAAUUAAGAAUGUACAUAUAUAGAGACACAAAUGUUCUAUAAAAAAGUAUGUGAAUGGAAGACUUAUAUGCUUAAAAUAGACUAUUGUAAUUAUAAGAUAUUUUUAUCGAAACCUUUCUUUUGUCAUUAUGUAAAUAUUGUGUUUCAACUUUGAAGUCUUUAGUGAAUGAACGUGAUUAUGCUCUGCCCAUAAUGUCUUCACAUGAUAUCAGUUAACUCUUUGCAGUGUUUUUUUGGAAUAGUUCCAAUAUGUAGCAUGUCAGGCUCAUUGCAGAGGUAUCGAAUGUGCACUGAAGCAGCCCUCCCGAUGUAGAUAUGUGGUGGAGUUCAACACAAGUUCUUUUAUUAUUUGCCCUGCUCUGCUUUCUCUUGAAUUAUUUUGUACUCAUUAACUAUAACAACUUUGACCCGCUUGGAGCAAUGGGUCGCUCUGCUGUUUGAUCUUUCAAAAAGAAAAAGAAGAAAAAAAGAAAAGAGGCCUGAUUUGAUUCUGUUACAUUGCACUCUUAUUAUAAACAUUACAUCUUGAGAGUUAACAGCACUUCUGUCAGUGUUUACAAUACCUUAAAAAAAAAUCACUACAAAACAAUGUAUCUGUUAUUUUUUUGUGCACUCAGAGCUUCUCCUUGCGAGGUUAAUGAUCGACACCGCGAAAACAUUCAACUUUGGUUAUGAAUUGAUGAAACAUGUUAACGGACUCCUUUUUUGGACAACAAACAAUUGUAUUCAGACAGGCAAUGUCUUUAAGUAGAUAUUAAAUGAUCUCCCUGUUGGAGAGUCAGCAGCCGUUGUUAAGAGACAAAUGUAAAGAUGAAAGAAGAAGCCUUUAUUUUUCAUGACAUUGAACACCGAAUUUACCUCACCACCCUCCUGCCAGUGUGAGAGGGCACUUGUACAUUACUGUCAGCUGCACUGUUGGACUUGGCCUUCACUGGCUUGUGAGGAGUUGUCAAAACAAUUAAAGUUUCCAGGAAGAA